GGAAGAGAAUAUUCCCACAAGUAAGGAUGAAGCUGUGGACCGGACACACCGUAGGAGAAAGAAAUUUAUCAGAAAUAGGUCUUCUUGUCAAAUCAUACAUUGACCAAGGUCAACUUGUUCCUGAUGAGGUCAUGACAAAGCUUAUACUGCACGAUCUAAAUAACAUAGGCAAAAUCAGCUGGCUGUUGGAUGGUUUUCCAAGGACCGUCCCACAGGCUGAGGCGUUAGAUAAAACUCACCGGAUAGACACUGUGAUUGACUUGAAUGUGCCAUUUCAAACCAUUAAGGAUCGCCUCACUGCACGAUGGAUUCACCCUGGUAGUGGCAAAGUGUAUAACACUGAAUUCAACCCUCCCAAAGUCCCGGGAAUUGAUGAUGCCACUGGAGAGCCUCUAGUUCAGCGAGAUGAUGACAAGCCAGAAACGGUUACCAAAAGACUGGUGGCUUACGAAGCUCUCACGACACCUGUCCUGGAAUACUAUCGAAACAAGGGUGUACUGGAAACUUUCUCUGGCACAGAGACAAACAAGAUCUGGCCACACGUCGAUGCAUUCCUGCAAAGUAAGCUGCCUGGUGUAAGGCGGGACUGAGCAGAGCAAAUGAAAACGGAGAAGCAUGAAGAAAUCUUGCAAGAAAAUAAACAACAUUAAUAAAUAAUGAUAUUGUAUGAAUGUAUAGUAUUUUUUUAACUACAAAAAAAAAUGUACCAACAACCUUUUAAACAAACAAAAAAAUCUUAUUUUUGUAACGUAGUUUCUCUAAAUUGAUUACUCAUUGAAACAGAAGCUCUUUUUAAUUAACUUUUGUUUUAUUGAAUGAAUGUUUAAAAUAUAUAAUUACAAUAUAUAUUUGACAAAUUUUAUUGUGAAUUUAAAAAAAAAAAAACAACUUUAAAUUUCCCAUGUACAAAGCAACACAUCCUUCAAAUGAUAUUAAGCACCUUUCAAAGAACAGAUCUGUUCCACAAAAUAAUGAGCAGAAUCUGGUCAUUUUGUUUUGUGGAAGAAGAGUAAAUAUAUUUUUAUAUUUUAGGCCAAACUCAUUUUCGAGGUUAAUAUGUUUCUUGUGGCUCAAUUUCCAGUCUACAGUAGCACUUGUAGAUUUCUGCACAUUGUUCCGUAACAAAUCAUGAACAAGGCAGCCGCAAGCCACAUUUAUCUCUUUUUGGAGCCGCACUUAUUCGUGUGAAAGUGAAACACACUAAGAUCUGGAUUUGCACAGAUCUGAGUGUGUUGCACUUUCACAAGAACAAUUGCGGCCGCCUUCUUCCUGAUUUAUUACGGAACAAUAUACACAAAUGCACAUAUCUAGCAGUAACUAUAUCUUUUACAAAAACUGCUGAUAAAGAUACUUUUUAAUUAUCUUCCUAAAUAUGAAAUGAUUUUUUUAGUAAACCAUAAAUAUUAAAAAAACAAUGUCAGUUCAUUCAUCGGAUUGAAAUUAGUUGUUGACAAUAUUCUUUUAAUCUGUUUGGAACAAACUCUAUUUUAUUUUUAGUUGGCUGGAAUUAUUUCCAGCAUAAUUUGAGUUGCUCUUAAAAUAUUUACUAAUAAUAUCUGAUUGUAGCUAGAUAAUAACAAGCACAAGUCCUGGAGUAUAAAACUAACCUGCUUUCCCCCCAGUCUUUGCUCAAACCACAUAAAGCUGGACAGUACAGUACAAGUGUUAAUUGCAGAGCUGAGCCUUUUCAAAACAAAAUACAGUUGUAUCACCAGCACAAUAGAUACAUCAGAAAUUGUAAACCAUGCACCUAGUAGGGCCAGCAUGUAAAAAGCACAAUGUUUUAGUGUCUGUGAAUCUAAUUUCCGUACAGGGGAAAAAAAAAAACCUGUAACUAAAUAUGUGAAAAUAAAUAACUUGACGUUAUUACAGUGA